AAUUAAGUAAUUUUUAAUUAAAUAGUGAGUUUGGAAUGUCUGGAGGGGAGUACCGCCAUGUGUGGCGUAUAGCCUUUACUAAUUUUCUUAAGUCAUUUAGACCGCGCCAAAUAAGAGGAAACGCAAUAGGGAAGGACUACAAAGGCAACAAUUACUUUGAGAUACCGGCAGAUCCCAGCCUGGGCAAGCGGAAGGCGACCCGCUGGUAUGAUCCGCCCAAAGGACUGGACUUCCGCGACCCCAUCCCUGCAGAGUGGGAGGCUUGGCUUAGGAUGAGGAGAGUGGAAGCACCAACGGAAGAAGAAAUAGCUAACAACCUAGCCGUAGCCAAGCUGAAACAAGAGAACGCGGCCAAGAUCGAAGCCCGGCGCCGCGCCGGCGGCGGCUCGCUCCCCACCCCGCCCGCGCGCGGCGCGGAGACCUACCCCAAGUACGCCGAGUUCCACACCGGACAUCCCGACGACCAUCCCGACGGGAAGAAUCAUUCAAACUAAAGUUAAAGACUUUUGAACGCCUUUUGUACAGAAUCGUCAUUCACGACGCCAAGAUCACUGGCACAUGCGAGCCCAUAUAAACCUUAAUGGAAAGUGUUAUACAGUGGUUAUACAUGUGAGUAUUCUUGGCACUGUGGGCACUCACAAAUACCUUAGGCGUUCUUGGCGUCCAAAAGGUUAAAUACAAAAUAUAGAUAAUAAAUAUGGUAGUACAGAUACAGUUACAAUUAUUGUUUAAAAACCUGAUGGUUCACCUGGUUGUUUUCUACGCGGUAUAACAGGUCCCUUAUAUUAUUGAGACUAUUCUCAAUUGGGUUUUAGAGGGCAUCAGGUAUUAGAUGUAUUCAUUACCUCAUCUCAGUGAACAUAUAAGUUAUACAAGAAGAUAUUGUUGUAGAUAUACAGCGUGACCUUAGCCAUUGGACAAACCCUGAAAUCCCACGUGGGGUUACUUCUAAGAAAUGCUCUAACGGUAAUAUUUUUUUUAUUAGCACAAAAGAUAAAAAAAAAAUUAUCAAACAAAAGUUAUUUCCCAUAAUCGACAACAAAAAGAAACAUACUGUAUUAAUCAUUGGCAGUGCUUUUGACAAUUUGUUUGAAAAUGUGCAGCAAUGAUGACAUUUGUCAAAAGUCAGAAUCUUAGUAAUGUCAUAAAUAAAAAAAAAAAUACGGUCGAAGAAGGUUUCAUACUAUUUAUUACCUCAGGAGCAAAGAAUAUAAUACUCACUAGGAGCUCAGGAGCUACUAACACAUACAGGUUGCUCCAAAGUAAAAAAAUCGUAAUUUGUUAAUUUCUUCGUAACCGCUACACCCAUUGUAAUGAUACUUUGUAUACUGGUUCUAAAUACCCUAAUGCAUACGUACAUUUCGGCUUUGUCCAAUGGCUAGGUACACCCUGUAUAUCUAUUUGAGCAAUAUAUAUAUAUGAGCUUUGGCUAUGAGUAUUUAUUGCAAUUUAGUUGAUCUUAAACUAUUACCAAUUUUUGCUAUCCAGAAUGAAAUUAGAAGUAAAUUCGGGCUUGUAUUUAAUGAGAUUAUCGCGUUAUGAUAUAAAUAUUGUACUUUAUUUUAUAUGAAAUAAAGUUCAUUUUAUUUUCAUGGUUCUGCAACAAUAUAUGUCAGUUUAAUAUUCGUAAUUCUAGAUGCCACUGUACAGUCAGCAGCAGAAGUAGCAGAUCAGACUACGCGUCAAAAGUAUCUAACGUUCUCUAAUAACUUACCUAAAAUAAAGUAUUAGAACAGAUACUUUAGAACGCGAACUAUAGGUACCUAAGGCUUUCCAAGGUGGCAGAUAUUUGUGACGCGUUGUUGUUUCAUCCGCUACUGUUGAUGCGGGCUGCACGUGUUCACUCAGUGGCAGUAUUUCUCUCAAUAAGAUAGUGUCUAGAUAAUUUUGAAUACCUCGCCCGUUUAGUUAGUUCUGCAGUAGCCUGUAGGUAGGUAUGUGUAAAGUUAAUAGCUUAAAGUUGUAGUGUAAAUAGAAAAUAGACAAAAAUUAUGUGUUAUUAGAAGUACAUAUUAGAACAAAUUAAAUUAUUUUCAGAAAA